UCUUGUUCAUGGAAUCAGUUUGCAUGUUCUGAGAAUAGAUGCAUCUCAAAACAAUGGGCUUGUGAUGGAGAGGAUGAUUGUGGAAAUGGCUUGGAUGAAAGUGAAGUUAUUUGCGACUCAGUAACAUGUGCCCCAAACAUGUUCAACUGCUUAGAUUCCUAUGCCUGUGUUCCUCAGCACUGGCUUUGUGAUGGAGAAAGAGACUGUCCCAAUGGAAGUGAUGAGCUUGCUACAGCAGGAUGCGCGCCUAAUAAUACUUGUGAUGAAAACACUUUCACAUGCCGCAAUAAAGUCUGCAUUCCAAAGCAAUUUGUAUGUGACCAUGAUGAUGAUUGCGGAGAUGGAUCAGAUGAAUCCCUGGAAUGUGGUUAUCGUCACUGUAAUCCUGGAGAAUUCAGCUGUGCUGAUGGAAGAUGUCUCUUAAAUUCUCAGUGGCAAUGUGAUGGAGAUUUUGAUUGUCCAGAUCAUUCUGAUGAAGAGCCACUUAACAUAAAAUGCAGAAGUGCAGAACAGUCAUGCAACAGUUCCUUUUUUAUGUGCAAAAAUGGCAAGUGUAUCCCACAAGGAGAUGUUUGUGAUACUAAACAGGAUUGUGGUGAUGGAUCUGAUGAGAGAAAUUGCCGCAUUAAUGAAUGUUUGAGCAAAAAAGUCAGUGGCUGUUCUCAAGAUUGUCAGGAUCUUCCAGUUGGGUACAAGUGUAAAUGUUGGCCUGGCUUCCAUUUGAAGGAUGAUGGCAGAACAUGUGUAGACAUUGAUGAAUGUGCAUCUGGCUUUCCAUGCAGCCAACAGUGCAUCAAUACAUAUGGAACCUACAAAUGCCUAUGUGCAGACGGUUAUGAAAUGCAACUUACUAACCAACAUAGCUGCAAAUCUCUCUCAGAUGAAGACCCAUUUUUAAUUCUGGCUGACCACCAUGAAAUAAGAAAAAUAACAAUCGAUGGAUCAAACUAUACUUCAAUUAAACAGGUCCAAGCGGAAGCCUAUCAGAGUGCCAAGCUCCAGAUGUACACGCAGCUGAGAUUGCAGGACUUUGGCAAGUGGCCCCAAAAGCAGUUGGUGGACAACUUUGCCAGCUAG